GUCAGUCAAGGAUUUGUUCAGUCAUCACAAAAAAAGAAUUUCCGGUAGCUAUCGAUUCUGUUCUUCUUUAAAAAAAAACCACACUAUUUCACUGCAUUAAGAUGUUAGAUAAAAUGCAAAUGAGUCUGGAAGACAUCAUCAAGUUGAACAAAGUUCACCGCGCUCAAAAGCAAGGAGUUCAAAGAGGAUCGACGAGAAAACCAAACUCAAAAGGCGGAUUGAAAGGUAUUCUAAGGCCCCGAAACGGAACUGGAUACAUUCAUAAGGCCAAGUUCAAUCGGGAAAACGCUUUAAGGCCACCAAAAAAACACACUUUUCUGAUGGUUUGCAAUUUGAACUACGCACUGAAUGACGACGACAUCAUGGAGCUGUUCAAUGAAAACGGUCUGGUGGAGAAGGGGUUCGUCCACUACGAUCGCGAUGGCAACUCAUUGGGCACCGCUCAAUUGAUGUGUAGAUAUCGCGCUGAUGCCAUGAUGAUCAUCAGGCAGUUCCACGGCGUUCAUGUUGACGGACGCCGAUUGAAAAUACAUCUCAUUCAAAAGACACGCAACUGCAAGCGUCCUGUCCAGAAUCAUUACUACCAGUCUCGUCCUGUCCAGCCGGGUUUCUUCAGGACACUGUCAUUCUCGACUCGUCCUCUCGAGCGCAACUCUAUCCAAGUGGAUUCAUCGACCUGCGAGAGCCGCGAAUCUUCUCCCCAUAUUUUGCCGAAGACCCAUCGAGGAACCUAUCGGACUUCUGGGGUGCGGUACUACAAACGCACCUAG